UAGAUUUGCCGUUCUUUGUUAUUUAUUCAUUAUUGAUAGAUUUCUAAUUUAUUGCGAUUAAACAAAUUAAUUACUUGUGUUGGUUACUUUUCAAUCCUUUCUUUGAUGUUCUUUUAAUUUAAUCAUACAUUCCUCAAUUGUUUUAGUUUGACCUUACCGCUUAAAUAUUUUAAACAUUUUUGUUUUACUCCUUGAAAAUGUCUAAUCCAGGAAUUAUUUUCGAUGAGUCACUUUUAGCUGAUGUGAAUUUCCAAGAAAACGAUAUAAACACUAUUGUCGACGAAUGUGACAGAUGUACCAAAAUUGGUUUUUUACCAGAAGUCGAAGCUUCCUAUCUUGGACUUUUAAUACACGUCAUGGAUCUUACAUCACUUAAUUCUACUGAUAAUAAAAAAACUAUAGAAGCUCUUGUAGAUAAGGCUUUAACGUAUGCUAAGAAAAAUUUGAAAAGCGACAUUGAAGACAUGGGAUCUAAACAUACAUGCCCAAUUUAUAAUUAUUUAUCUACUAGUACAUUAAUACCUCCAACUAUCUGUGUUUCUUCUAUUCGUGUACCUGACGCCGUUCAGCGUAUCAAACACCAAGGCGUUCACAUAGAUAUUGCUUCUGUGGCCGCUGGUUUUCCUCUUGGUCAAGUGCCAUUAAGUUGUCGAAUAACUGAAGUUGAAUAUGCGAUUUCACAUGGAGCCGCAGAAAUUGACAUUGUAAUUGAUCGUGGGAUGGUUCUCAACGGCGAUUACAAAAUUCUUUAUAACGACAUUCGUGCUAUAAAAUGUGUAUGUGCCAAUGGAAAAGUUACACUAAAAACAAUACUGUCGGUCACUGAAUUAGGUUCAUACCAGACGAUUUACAAAGCAGCAAUGACUGCCAUGAUGGCUGGGUCGGAUUUUAUUAAGACGUCCACCGGAAAAGAGGCUACGAACGCUACUUUAUCACACGGUGUAGUCAUGUGUCAAGCAAUAAAAAAAUUCCAUGAAAAAACAGGUUUCCAGGUCGGCAUAAAGCCAGCGGGUGGUAUCAAGUUCAACGAACAAGCUCUCAGUUGGCUUGUACUGGUCAAAAAUGAAUUGGGAAAUGACUGGUUGAGAGCAAGCCAUUUCCGAAUCGGAGCAUCUAGUUUGUUGGAAGACGUUGUGAAACGAUUAAGUGUUGUAUUAAAAAAGUUUCGAUAACUAACACAUCACUUUUUUGUAAUAGAGUGCUAAGUAUUGAUCUUUGAAGGAUUUUUAAACUAAUCAUGUAUUUAAGUUUCCAUAUUUUAUUUGUAUCUUAGAAUGCUAAAUAUUUAUGUACAACCCAUAUGUUGUUUUUAUAUUAUAUUUGUAAUUUUAGUAACUCAUUGGAUUAAUAUAUACCCAUAAAUUA